AUGUGCUCCAGACAGAGCUCCGGAGGCUGCCAUGGGAGCUCCUCCCAGGCCAGUGGAUACCACAGCAGCAGCUGCUGCCAUGGGGGCAGCUCCUCCAGCUACCAGGCCCAGGGCUCCUCCUGCUGUGGGGGCUCUGGGGGCUCCAGCUCAGGCAAGAUCAUCAUCAGCUCUGGUGGGGGAGGAGGAGGCUCCUGCUGUGGUGGGAGCUCCUCUGGCUACGGCAUGGGAGGAGGCUCCAGCGGCGGAGGAUCAGCCCAGAAGAUCAUCAUCAGCUCUGGGGGAGGAGGAGGAGGAGGAGGAGGCUCCUCAGGCUGCUGUGGUGGGGGAUCCAGUGGGGGAUCUUCAGGAGGGAAGAUCAUCAUCGGGGGUGGAGGUGGUGGAGGCUCCUCUGGCUGCUGUGGUGGAGGCUCCUCAGGCUAUGGCAUGGGUGGGGGAUCCAGCUGUGGAUCUUCAGGGUCAAAGAGCAUCAUUGGGGGUGGAGGCUCCUCAGGCUGCUGUAGUGGAGGCUCCUCAGGCUAUGGGAUUGGAGGAGGAUCCAGCUGUGGGUCUUCAGGAACAAAGAUCAUCAUUGGGGGUGGAAGCAGUGGGGGAUCCUCUGGCUGCUGCAGUGGGUCCUCAGGCUAUGGGAUGGGAGGAGGAUCCUUUGGUGGUUCUUCAGGAUCAAAGAGCAUAAUUGGAGGUGGAAGCAGUGGGGGAUCCUCAAGCUGCUGUAGUGGAGGCUCCUCAGGCUAUGGCAUAGGAGGAGGAUCUAGUGGUGGAUCUUCAGGAGCAAAGAUCAUCAUUGGGGGUGGAAGCAGUGGGGGAUCCUCUGGCUGUUGUAGUGGAGGCUCCUCAGGCUAUGGCAUGGGAGGAGGAUCCAGCUGCAGCAUGGGUGGGGGAUCCAGCUGUGAGUCUUCAGGAUCAAAGAGCAUAAUUGGGGGUGGAAGCAGUGGGGGAUCCUCAAGCUGCUGUAGUGGAGGCUCCAGCUAUGGCAUGGGAGGAGGAUCUAGUGGUGGAUCUUCAGGAACAAAGAUCAUCAUUGGGGGUGGAAGCAGUGGGGGAUCCUCUGGCUGCUGCAGCAGUGGAUCCUCAGGCUAUGGGAUGGGAGGAGGAUCCUUUGGUGGUUCUUCAGGAUCAAAGAGCAUAAUUGGAGGUGGAAGCAGUGGAGGCUCCUCAGGCUGCUGCAGUGGGGGCUCCUCAGACUAUGGCAUGGGUGGGGGAUGCAGUGGGGGCUCCUCAGGAGGCAAGAUCAUCAUUGGAGGUGGAGGUGGUGGUGGAGGAUCCUCAGGCUGCUGUGGUGGAGGAUCCAGUGGUGGUUCCUCAGGCCACACAAUCAUCAUCAGCUCUGGUGGGGGUGGUGGAGGCUCCAUGCAGCAGAAGUGUCCCAUUGUGGUUCCCAGCAUCGAGUCCCACCAGAGCAAGCAGCCCUGCAGCUGGCCCUGCAGCCAGCAGAAGUAA